AUGGGCAAGAACAAGAUCCGCAGCAAGGACAAGUCAAGGAAAGACAAGACCUCCAUAAGCGACACGGAUGGCUCAAGCACCCCUUCGACAUGGACAUCUUCUCACGGGGCGGUUAUAACCAGAUCCACUAGCAAUACAUCUGAUCGUCGCCAGCUUCCAACAGAACCCCCAGGGAAAACGCUCUGUGUUCCUACCAUCACCUCGCUCAAAGAUACAACUCCAUCCAGCUCUUCCCCCGGUUCAUCGCCCGCUCCUCCGGUAAUACGCGGAAAGGGCGCAAAAGACAAACGAGACUCGGUCAUCUCAAGCACAUGGGAAGGUCCAAAGCAGCAGUCCGAACCUAAAGCUACCACCGCAGCCCGACCUCGAUGGGGCUUCAGGCCUCGCAACUGGUGGCCAUGUCGCAUAAUACAAUGGAUAUACCACUUCUUCGUCGCUCUGAUGCGGAUACGCUGGACCGACAAGCAGAUCUCCAAGGACCUCAUAUUAACACUAGCCUUCGUCGGUAUAGUCGUGGCCGGUGGCUACGUUGCCCUGGACAUACUGCUCAGCGCAAUACCCGGUGUCUCGGCUCAAACAGUGGAUGGCAACUGCAGCAUCGUCUACGUCACUGUCCCUGGACCGAUAAUUACCAUCUCGCUCGUUGGCGCGUCGCCGACUAAUCCGGCGAAAGGCACGUACUACUUUUCUGUGGUUAAUAGUACGACGGAGUGGCUGGACAGCAUUGCCCCGCCGAGUCUAUUCAGUACUUUGCCUACCAGGACGGCGGAUGUUAGGCCGAUUCUCUCUUCAAUGGGGCUGUCGAGUAUGCCCUCUUCCGGUGUUGCUGUUGGGUCUUCGACGUUGGGAUCGACUACGUCUGCGCUGUCUCUGUCGGAUCCUUUCGUCUCGUCGUCUUGUACUGUCUACUUCCGUCGCUACAUUGUCUACAGUUCUUUCGCCGUCUUCAGUCUCUACCCUUUCGAAUACUAUCACAACAUCAGUCGUCUCACCGAGCAGUCUGUCGGGUCUGAGCUCAAGCAUACUCCCAAGCACGCCUGGUGGAAAGUCUUCGGCGCUUCUGACUGGUUCGAACGUACCGACGACUUCUAG